UGUCUCUGCAGGAACGGCAUGAAACGAGACUUUCUCGCGAUUAGAAUGGCUUCCACAGUUCCACAACUGAGUACAAUACAUAACGUAGAUAUGCAUUUUCCAAAAAAUCAACACUUUACAGACUUUAUGCAAAUCAAAAAUCGCAAUAAAACGGCAUUUUUUAAAAUAAAAAGGCAUUGACCUUCAUUUUGAAUUUCUUUUUGACAGGUCGAUGGAGUGCCCUAUUUCAAAUGUCACUUUUCUGUCAACGGCCAUUAAAAAUUCAAAAAAAUAACCAAACAACAACAACUGUUUUUUUUUAAAGUAUUUUUAAUUUAUUACUGUUUUUCAUCUAUAAAAUGUAAAAUUUCUUACCGUUUGAGCAACUAACGUGCUGUGCAAUAAAUAAUCUUCCAAUUAUUAUAAGCAUUUGUGUUAUAUUUGCUUUAUUCCUCUAGUAAACUGUCCCAAAAACAAAUUUAAUAAAAAUGUCCAUUAAUGUAACUGUAACUGGAAAUCCUGUGAGUAUAAAACGUGGUAAAAUGAUCACCUCGUCUGAUCCCGAAGCGGCAAAAAAAGAAUUUGAACAAAAAAGACUCAUGAGAUUAGAACAAGUUCGAAAACAAUCCAAACAACUAGCUCAAGAUGUUAGAAACAAAGUUAAACAAGAAAAGAAAAGGCAGCUUGGAGAAAUGGAAAAAGAGGGCAAAGAAAAACUAAAGUCCUGGCAAAAUCAGAAACUUUUAGAACUCCAAAACCAGUAUUUGAAUUCUCUGAAGGAAAUGGGACUAGGCCAUAAGGUAGCUGAGAAAUAUGCAGAUGAAAGUGCAAUUUUGGAAGUCCGGCAACAAGAAAACAAAGAGGUUGCUAGAAACCGAGGCAAAUUGGCAGAAGCCAAACAACAAGUGCAAAAAAAUGAAGAAAAAUUCAAAAAAGUCUUGCCUAUACAACACAAAAAAAUUGUAAGGGAUAUUGAGAAUACUAGAGCUGCCCUUGUUUCAACUUUGGGAAAAUGUUACAACAAUAAACAGUUAAAAACCAAAAAACCAACAAAAGCCAACAUCAACAUCUCAAUCCCAAAUGACUCAGAUUUCAGCGAAGCCUCUAGCUCCUCAGAAUCCUCAAAACCCCAUGACAUACAACAGGAAAGCAAUAACGAUAGCGAUCAAUCUUGUGAUCACAAUAGUGAAGGAUUUUGUGAAUGUUCUGAUGAAAAACCUGUCCAAGCUGAACCAAAUUCUGAUUCAUUUAGAUUUGCUUCAGAAUUGGAUCUAGAAUCAAAAACCCUGAAACAAAAAAAAUCUAGAGAUACGUCCUAUAAGGAUAGUUUGGACGAGCAAAGAAAAAUUAUAGAAAAUUUCAGGAAUAGGACUAGAGAAGUGCCAGUGGAUACGAGGAUUUCAGAUAGAAUUAAAAGGAGGGAAUUGAUGGUUUCUCAGCCUGAUUAUUGCGAUUUUGUUGCAGAUCCUUGUCCUUUAAUUGAGGUCGAUGAAAUUACAAAAAUUCGUGACAAAGUAUCAGCCAGAUCUACUUCUCAGCAAGAAGCUCCUUUGAAUAAAGAUCCACUACAACUCAGCACUGAAACUAUGGAAUGUGUUAAUACUAAAUUUCAUAACUGUUGUCCUUGCCACUCCAAAGAAACUGUAAGCAAAUCAACUACUGUUGAUAGAAAAAGUGCCCCUGCUAGUGAUACAAAAAGUGCCCCUGCUAGUAAAUUUAAGAAAGGGCCAGAUUCUUCUAGUAAAAUUGAAACUGUGACAAGUGGAGCUUAUAAAGCAUCUGAUUUUUCUGAACAGGAUAAAAUACCCACAAAACCUCCUAUUAAAUUGAAAGAUGCCGGUCAACAAACUAGUAAAGUAGACUCCAUGCAAAGCAGUACCCUUCAUGUAAAUAAGUUUGUUGAAGCUCCGAAAAGAUCAGUUCAGUCUACAAAACCUCGCAGUACCACAUCUGGGGCUCAAAAAGUCCGCCAAUACGAUCAUCCUAAUAGAUUUAUUAGAGAUGUGCCAUCAACCUCAAAUGUGGAAAAAAUCAGUGCAGAUAGUAUUGAGGUUGUUCCCAACAUAACAUCUGAAAGAGAAUGGCAUGAAAAAAUGAAGCAACGCGAUUUAGAAGCACAAAUCAGGGGCAAAAGAGCAAUGGAAAAGGAAAAAGUCCAAAGAGACUACGAAGAAAUGAUGAAGAAAUUGCCAAUAUUACAAAGGAAGCGGCAAAUUUCCGAAAUCGGCACUGACAAGCCUGAAUAUCACAUGUCAGAGGAGCGAUUGAGGAAACGCGAAAGAGAACGUCAAAAUAGAUUGGAAAACGCUUACACCCAAGCGAUUCCUGAUUUGAAACCACAAAUUGUUACUUUGCCAAGCAGACAACAUGAACCUCCCAUGACCAAUGAACCAUUUGAAAUAUUAGACGGUGAUGAUGCUAGGGUGUUGAAUCUAGGCAAGUGGGAUACAGAUUCAAGGCCCAAGACAAUGUUUUCUGCCGAAGAGGUUCAAGAGAUAAUUAGGGCAUUUACUGUGCAAAAACCGGAAGAUAGAAAAACGAAACUCAAGCAACUUUUGAAGAGCCUCAAGCUUCAGAAAGAACAGCUUAUUAAUGAGAUACGCGCUUUGCCUCCAGAUGAUAGUAUCAAUGCAUUGCUAGGGGAUUUGACAUCUUUUAGUGAUUCAGAUGAAAAAAGAUACAGGUCUAGUAAACAUAAAACUAAAGACAAAGAUAAAUCUGAAAGAAAAAGGCGCAGAGAAAAAAGUGAUACAAGUGCUUCAAGUUCAGAUACAUCGUUAGAAAAGAAAAAAGAUGCAGAUAUGAAGUCAACACAUAAAGACAAAAAAUAUCGAUCGCCACAGAAAAAAUCGAAAAAACGUGACUAUAAGGUGCGCGUUUUACAAAAUACGAGCACACAAACUACUCCAAAACCUACAAAAGAAAAAUCUUCGACAUCCUCUUCUACAACAACCACAACUUCUAGUUCAAAUCAACAGCAAGAAAAGCAUGAAACUGUUGGUUCCUCUAAAAGUCACGGGUUGUGUAAAUGCCUUGAAUGCCCUGACAAGAGAAAAGAUUGUGAGGAGGUUUGUAAAAUUUUAAUAAAACUAGGUGACAAUGACUCGCCCAAAGUUGAAGUUGUGAAGGGUGCUUCUUCUGCAGAUAAGGAGAAAAGAAGGAGAGAUGAAGCGGUACCAAAAUCUCCUGAGAGAAAAAGAGAAAAAUCAUCAAAAUCGCCUAGAACCUCUAAACCUCUAAAAUCACAAUCAACUGAUAAAGAAAACAUAUCUCCAUUGAAAAGGACUUCAAAAAGGACUGAACUUAGAUCGGUAGGCACAACAGAUGAUGUAGUAUUUAAAAAACCACUUCCAAAGCCCAUAAAAAAAAACACUUUGGAAAAAGAAAAAAAAACAUCUCCAAGAAGAAAAAAUGAAUCUUGGAAAGAACGUUUCAGCAAAAACUCCACUUCCAGCACUUCAUAUUUAGGCCGUCCAGAUUUUUCCACAAUUAACUCUACUGCUAGCACUGACAUAAGCAAACAGUCAGAGUUUUAUCCAAGAAAGAAGCCACAUCAGACGAGAUUAAAACACUCGAUGCCAGGUACACCAGGCGAAGACUCACAAAUAGAUCCAAGACUUCUUCAGUACGUCAAACGUCUCUUGAGCAUGUCAAGAAAUAGUGUAGAUGAACUGGGUGUUUCCUCUAGCAACGUGCCAACUCCAAGUCAGAGUAUCAUAGAAAUAGAAUCUAAUAAUCCCAAGGCUCAACUCCGUGACAUUAUGAGUUUUAUUAAUGCUCAAUCUGAAAUCGCUAGGCAUUUAGAUAGUUCUGAUGAUCGAGUACAUGCUCCACCUAAUUCAUCUGCAGGUCAUUCAGACAUCAAAGAUCAGGAUAUUACUAUGCAAAUUCCAGAAAAAGACGAUAACAGUAAAACUAAAGAGCACCUCCUGACUCAAUUUGCUGAUGUUACCGAUUGUUGCACACAAAGAAUCGCAAAUCUGGCAGCCAUGAUUGAGCAAUUGCGCCAAGAAAAAAUCCACCUGCUUCAAAGUCCACCGUUGAGCCAAGCUCAGAAUAGUCCUCGGGCAGAUUUAGUCCUGCUCAGUCCAAUCAGCGAUAAGGAUAAUUCUUCAACUCAAUAUUUACAAUUUCCGCCUGCAGGCGAAAAAUCCAAAGGCACUAAUUCUACUACUAGCAUGAACGAGGAAGAGUUAAAUAGAAGACUAUUGGAUAUUGAUAUGAGUUUAGCAGAUAAACUGAAACAAUAUGCAAAGGAUGAAAGCCCAAAGAUAAAUCUUGUAAAUACACAAACAGAAUCAACCCAACCCACGAUAGACGAUUCAUCAAAUCAGACAGAUCAACAUUUUCUUCAGAGGCUUCAAAAUCUUAUCCAAGAAAGUCACCAUCAGGAACCAACCGAAGAGGACGUAAAUAAUCAUUUACCUGAAAUAAACAAAGAGGUUCCGUUUAUACCUUUUUUAGUAGACAUUCCGAAAUUGCCUAUAUUAGAACCUGAACCUGAGGGAUUUGAUGAUACAGUGCCAACAAAGCGAUAUCCUCCUCCUUCUAAAGGCCUGAUAGCUGCCAAAAAAUUUAAUGGAGAUAUUCCUUUGAUGAUUCCUCAUGAGUUAUCUACAAUUGUUGAAGCUGAUUCUUCCAAAAUUAGUCCAAAUAAUUCAAAACUUGUUAUACCUUUAAGUCCUACAAUGGAAGAACCUACUUUGCCUACAGAUGAAACAGUUGUUGAAGAGUCAGUUGUUGAUAAAGAUAGUUGUCCAAAUUUUGCAUUUUCUUCAAGUGGGUCCCAAGUAACUUCUACAACUUCCUCAGGUGAGUUGAGAAGCGUGGAAGAUAUGCUUAAAAGCAUUGGCAUGGAUUGGGCUAUUUCGACACUACAAAAAACUAAAGAAUCUUUAGGAUUGAGCCCUGGUAGUACUUCAGAGGAUUUGAGUUCAAUUAAAAAGUGCAGGUCACAGAAAUCUCCUAGCAAUACAGAAGUGAGCUUGAAAGAAUUCCUCAAAAAGCAAGCUAUUAGUAAAAUAUCUUCAAGUAGUAUGAAAUCUGAAGCGAGUCCGGCAAGUUUUGCGCCGGAUCGCUCUGAUUUGUCAGCAAUUCAAGCGAAUUCCAGCACAGAAAAAGCUAAGCAACAAAAAACCUCAACGCCAGUUUUGAGUAAGAGCACUAGUAAUUCUCAAGAGGAUCAGCUUCAAUUUUCCACUGGAGCUUCGGAUCUAUCUUCAGUAAGAAAUGGCUCUAACGAACAGGAUCAACAAACUGGAAAGAUGGCAAAAGUCACGUUUCAAAGUUUGCCCGGUGACGAAGAGUUAUCUUCUUGAAAAGUAAGUACCUACUGGCGGAUGACUAUUAUAUUAUAGUAUAGUGUUUUUAAAAACAAUGAAAGAAUGGAUUUAUAUUAGUGUUGGUAAUGAUUUUUUUUAU